CCUCAAGUCUACACUGAGAUGCUGCACAGUGUGUUGUGGUGUUCAGAACGGUGCAUCUCCCAGAGAGAAGGUCUUCUUGCUGACCUCUCGGUGGUACCCAGAGGCAGUGAUCCUGAUGGACCGAGCAAUAAGGCGUAUGGAGCCAUGGAAGAUCGCUGUCAUUGUUGUGUCGGUGAUAGUAGGCUUAGCCCUCAUCAUUGGCUUGAUUACAUUUCUUUUGUGCCACGAUCAAGACAGAUAUUACAAUGCAUCUUUCUUAAUCACCAAUGUCGACUACAGUCCUCAGUACAAAAGGCAAACUACGGAGGAGUUCAGGAACCUAAGCGAAGAUAUUGAAACCAUGAUAUCUGAAAUAUUCAAGGGGUCCUCUCUAAGUAAAAGAUACAUCAGGUCCCAUGUGGUCAGUCUAAGCCCAGAUCCUGGUGGAGUGCUUGCAUCUGUUGUUCUGGUAUUUAAAUUUCCCUCUGCUGACAGUGAAGCAACGACCUGGGGUCAAGUCAACCGUGUGUUACUCAGAAGACUGCAAGCAACCUCGACAUACCUGAAUGUUGACCAGUCUACUGUUAGACUCACAGAGUUGAACAAAGAAAAGGGAGACAACCUUUUAAACAACUGCUGCGGGAUACGAAGACAGGCAUUCUCCUUCACAGGAGUGGAGAGAAUAACUGGUGGGCAGCGUGCACGGGAGGGAGAAUGGCCAUGGCAGGCCAGUAUUCAGCUCGAUGGGAGCCAUCGCUGUGGUGCAUCAAUCAUCAGUAACACCUGGCUGGUGACUGCAGCCCACUGCUUUAGAGGAGUAAGAGAUCCUCGGAGGUGGACUGCCAGCUUUGGAAUUCUGCUGAGACCUCCAAAACAGAAAAAAUUUGUCCGGAGAAUUAUUGUUCAUGAAAGAUACAGUGACUUUCUCCUUGAUCAUGAACAUGAUGUGGCUGUUGUGGAACUUGCCUCUGCUAUUGAGUUCACAAGUGAUGUGCACAGUGUCUGCCUUCCUGAAGCAUCUCACAUUUUCCCAGACAACACUUCCUGUUUUGUCACUGGCUGGGGAGCUUUGGAGAAUGAUGGCUAUAGUGUUAAUCAGCUUCGACAAGCAGAAGUGAGGAUUAUAAGUACUGAGGUUUGUAAUAGGAGACAAGUGUACGGUGGAGCGAUAACACCUGGAAUGUUGUGUGCUGGAUACUUGGACGGGCAGGUGGAUGCUUGCCAGGGUGACUCUGGUGGGCCACUGGUGCAUGCGAAUUCCAGAGGAAUCUGGUAUCUUGUGGGAAUAGUGAGCUGGGGAGAUGAAUGUGGCAAGCAAAAUAAACCAGGAGUGUACACACGAGUUACUUACUAUCGAAACUGGAUCCACUCCAAAACGGGCAUCUGAAACCUGGAGAUGGUUAAGUUUUGUGGGCUGUGUACAGCUAUUCCUCUGACACAUCCUGCUCUGUGGUCACCCUCUAAGCAACUGCUGGCUUAGCUUGUGGUUAUGUAUAAAGUACCUGUAAGCUUGGAGCAGUCGAGGAUUUGAAACUGCUUUGGCCUACAGCCAGACAGGAAUGGACUUGAUCCAUGUGACAGUUGUUUGUUCAGGAAGUAGUCUGUGAGAGAGACAACUGCCUUUGUCUAUAUGCAAUAUAUUGACCCUUUUUUCUCCGUGGCCACAUGUCUCGGUCCCAGCUUUUAUACCCAAACAAAAUGUUUGAGCCCAAACAAUCAUCUACCAGCAUCCAAGACAAGCUAUAACUGAAACCUGGCCCAUCCAUUUGCUGUGUGCUCACAAGGCCCUACCUAUUGACAAGCUACAAUCCAGCAAGGCUGCUGUACUUCUGAAUUCUUGAGCUUUCUCCUGCAUCAUUCCAGGGAGUGUACUAUAAUGAAGAAUGGAAGAUGGCUUAGAGAAGUUCUGGUUCCUAACAUCAGACUGUUACUUAAGUGAAUAGAGAAUUUUUCCUUGCCUGAAAAAGAAAUUAAUGGAAAACACCAGCUUGCAUCCCCCUUCUUUGAACAAGUGAAAGUAUGCCCGCUCAUCGCUUCAUAUAAACAGCCUCUACCACAGCAUUUGCCAUGGGAGUGAUUGCUGGACUUAAGACCAAAAACCACUUUAUGUUUAUACCAGUCUGUUGUCAUAGCACAGUAUUUGGCUGAAUUAAUUUCCAUUUUUAUCUUUCCAGAGUGUAUUUUUCUGAAUAAAAGUCCUUUGCCUUUUGUGCAGGAUGGAUGAUUGUAACAAUCUUAGUAUGACCAUCAUCAAAAAAAACUUCUUAAACUUCUUAUGCUUGUGAAUGCUGUUCUCAAGUCUUUAUAAUUUUAUAUGUGCAUCUUUAGCUGCAUCCUAUUAAAAAAAAAAAAAAAAAAGUUUUUGCAUUAUAGUGGAAAUUCCCCUCUCCUUCAGAGCAGGGCAGAACUUCUGACAGGCCCAGAAAUCUUAUGUAAAGAUCUCUCUCUCCUCACAGAAAGUAAGGAUUGCCUGUGUUGCAUUGCCAGACUGUAGCGUACUGAUUUGAUCUCAACCACACAAACCUCAUAUUCUCUCUGACUUCAUGUUUUCAGGAGCCCAUGUUUCUGUCAGCCAGGUAGAUAUCCAAUGCUUUCUACAACCCAGCAGAAGAACACGCCUAUUCUUGAUGAGGAUGCUCUCCUUGGUGUGUCUGCAAGGUCUCCAACACCUCAUGUGGAUCCUGAUCCUCACAACAGCAAGUGCUGUGGACUUAAUUGCUGGAUAAUGAGCCACUCAACUGCUCUCUUCUCCCUCUGUGGUCAGAAGAGGAAGAACUCAGCAGAGGAGAUACUGGCCACACUGCCAAGACUCGGAGCUGGUCCAGCAUGGCAAGCAAGCAAGAAUCUUAUGCCAGGCUAGAAAAGGCAAACAGCAGGCUUUCAGCAUGCUCUCAGUUAGAAGGGCUGGGGGGAAUGGGCCCUUAGUGAUCAGUCUUAGGAUCAGUGUUGUUCAAGUUGAGCACCAGUCAGCUGGCGAAGUCAAUGACAGUUCAGGGAUCCCCUCUGGACUGUGCAGCUCGCUGCCAGUGCUGCCAGAGCAGCGAUCCCUCCAGAGCAGUGAUAACAGAAGUAUUUUGAUUACGUGUCCUGUGAUCUGUUUGUCAGUACAGAGAACCAUGCUUUUCUAGAGCCUCACUGGAGGUACUGGAAUAGUUGGAAGCCCAGAGAAGGUCUGCAGUUGUGUAUUCUAUACUUGUGUACACCUGGCACUUAAUUUUUUUUUUCCUCCAGGAACUUUUCUUGUGGAAUGUUGUGAGCUUCAGAAACAAACUUGGUGGUUUAAUUUCUACAUAGGGAAUAAACACGGUCAGACUGGUUCCAUGGGUCUGAGCCUAACAAAUUUCAUUUCAGCCUCUUCAGCUGAAAAUGUCUUUGGUGUAUAUUACUUGUUAGAGGAAGCUUAAAACUGAUAUAUGACAAAUAUAUAUGAAAUUUUUUUCUUGGUUGUAGCAAGUGUCUUACCAGGAUGGUGAAUAUAAUUUUAUACUUUUCUUCAUAAAUAUCAUUACAAAAUACGAUGGAUUUUCAGUUCUCAAAGCACUUUAGGCUUGGGUUUUCAAAGGGCAUAAUGGUUUCCCUAUCCACUGGAUUUCAUUGUAACUUGCACAGUUCAUAUUUUUAGGGUUGCAAAUACCAACUUUCUCACCGAUUCCCCAAAACAGAGAAAUAGAUGUCCAAAAAAUUUAUUUUGAAUCUGUGACCUUUCCAAUUGUGCUUCUAUAUGGUACUAGAUCAGAAAGCCGUAAACAUUUAGCUCUGUAUCAAGGGUUGGAGUAAAUCUCAUUCUCCAAAGUGGCGCACACAGAGCUGAAAAAUUCAACUUGUCAUUUGCUUAAGGAAUUGCCAGUUCUGAGGAUCUCCUUGUAGAGAUACAGUACCUGAUCUACCUUAUUGCUGAGUGUCAGCACAGUGCAGCCAGGAGGAGUGGGGUGAAGAGAACCAGGCAUCUACAUGGUGUAUGUUUUGGAAGCCUUUAUUUUAGACUACUUUGUAGAAUUUCUCCUUAUAGCAUCUGGAAAUUUCUGUUCCAGCUUCUUCUGGAAGCAAUGUAGUUUACAUGCUCUGAGGCCUCUUGGUGAUGCAAAGCAGUACAAAUGGUGACUAUCAAGAGCAUUUAAAAGAACAGACUUCAUCCAAGGGAGUAUUGGUAUGCUUGGAUGUGAUGGGCCUGAAUCCCUUACUUGUGGCAAAACUACACUGAUGUCAUCCUUGUCUUCACUCAAAGCAGAAUGGGAUGUAUCUAAAGAUACAAUCAUGCAUGACACACAGGAAUGUAAUUUAUAUGUAAAUUUAAUAAAAUCUGUUAAAUUUA